AUGAGAAAUGUGGAUGAGAGUAAUCGCCCCAGUGAAGAGUCAGCUGAUUCCAGACAUGUGACUAAACACAGGUGCAUUCAACACAGUCACCUAGCCGGCCCCCAGUUGACUGCACAUUCCAGCGAGGAGAUUGAGAGCGCCUUCCGGGCCCUGAGCUCCGAAGGGAAGUCUUACGUGACCAAGGAGGAGCUGUACCAGAACCUGACUCGGGAACAAGCUGACUACUGCGUCUCCCACAUGAAGCCCUAUGUGGACGGCAAGGGCCGCGAACUCCCCACUGCUUUCGACUACGUCGAGUUCACCCGCUCGCUCUUCGUGAACUGA